UUAAAUGCCUUCCCAUCCCCCUCUAUCCGUCACCACCAGUACUCAGAGUCUCCACAAUAUCUGAUUUCACAACCUUUACCUCCUCACCACCCACACUCCACUCUCACAACCAGUAGGCUGAAGGAGAGAAUGGGUCUUCGGAGAGGUAGAACAGAAACCACCAUGAUCCUGGUCUCCGUGGUGCAUGUGUUGGCUGCAAUGGUGGGGGUCUCCUCGGGCCAAGGCCUGGUCCCUGGUGUCAUCAUCUUCGGCGACUCCGUCGUCGACGCCGGAAACAACAACCACCUCUCCACCCUUGUCAGGGCUAACUUCCCCCCUUACGGCAGAGACUUCGCGCAACACUCGCCAACCGGAAGGUUCUGCAAUGGCAAGCUGGCCACUGACUUCACCGUGGAGAACCUUGGAUUUACCUCAUACCCACCAGCCUACCUCAGCCAGGAUGCCACAGGGAACAAUCUCUUGCACGGUGCCAACUUCGCCUCUGCUGCCUCUGGUUACCUCGACAGCACUGCAAACCUAUAUCAAGCGAUCUCUCUGACGCAGCAGCUGCAGUACUAUAAGGAGUACCAGUCGAAGGUGGAGCGCGUGGCCGGGAAGCCCAAGGCGGCGGCCUUGUUCGCCGGUGCCAUCUACUUGCUGAGCGCCGGAAGCAGCGACUACGUGCAGAACUACUACAUCAAUCCCCUGCUCAGCGGGAGCUACACACCCGAUCAGUUCUCCGACCUGCUGCUGCAAUCAUUCACCACUUUUGUUCAGAAUCUGUACAACAUGGGAGGAAGGCGUGUUGGCGUCACGUCGCUGCCACCGAUGGGCUGUCUUCCUGCAGCCGUCACCUUGUUCGGCGGCGGAAGAAACGGCUGCGUCGCACGGCUCAACAAGGACGCGGUCACCUUCAACAAGAAGAUGAAUGCCGCAGCUCAAGCCCUCAAGAAGAGCCACCCCGAACUCAAGCUCGUCGUCUUCGACAUCUACAACCCUCUCCUGGACCUGAUCGACCACCCGGGAAAGAGUGGGUUCUUCGAGGCUAGGAAGGCGUGCUGCGGGACGGGGACGAUCGAGACAUCGCUUCUCUGCAACGCGGGGUCCCCGGGGACGUGCAGCAACGCCACCGGUUACGUGUUCUGGGACAGCUUCCACCCCUCGGAGGCUGCGAACAAGGUCUUGGCGGAUGCUCUCCUGCUCCAAGGCAUCGAUCUCAUCUCCUAAGAAUAAUAAAGGCUCAUCAGGCCUGUUUAGAGCAGAGUCUUGGAUUCUCCUUGUCGUUGUUGUAUUAGAGCUUCAGUAGAGUAGUACUGCGGUUGCAGGUGGUUGGCUUAACCACUGUUCUCGAUUGUGAUGGUGGCUUCACCCUCUUCUAUUGUAUGGUAGCUUGAUGCCUUUAGAUUGUGACUGUUCUUCUU